AUUUUGCCUCUGAUAUUUUGCCACUGUUCGUAAUAAUUAACGGCCCUCUCUGAUAGGCGCCCCUACCCCGUUUGGACAACGAAAGUCUCUGGUGCUGAUCAGGCCGAUUUUUUGCUGUACCACACUUAAAAUACUCUCGGACGUCGGAAAUUGUGACUCGACAAUAUUUCUUGGCGCCAUUUGAGUUGUGUAUUAAUAGCAUUGGAGUUACGUAACUGGCGCCGCAGUGUAAAUAAUACCCGAGUGAUUUGGAGUAAAUUGUGACACAACACUUGGCACAAUAAAUUUGUGGAAAAUCAUUGGUAUAUCUCUCAAAAUGUCGAGCAAACACUUACAAACUGGAGAUCCAAAACCUGCUUUCGAUAAGACGAAGAAAUUUCGUAUCUAUAGCAUGAAAUUUUGCCCCUUCGCACAGGUAAGAAAUUUGUUUAAUUAAUUUUCAAGUAGAUAGUAUAUUUAAAAUGUCGUAUAGUUUCUUUAAAUUGUUUUAAAAGGUUGCCAUUUUCCAUUAAGGAAUUUGCGCUAUUGUUUAAGCCUUCUUGAGGUCGCUGUACCCCUAGAGUCACCCCAGCAACAUGCUAUAAAUACAAUAGACCUGGAGACUAUAUACACUAAGUCUAAACUGUUUAUGAGGAUAACCCUGCUUUGAGUAUCUUAGAGUUGCUCCUAUAGACUAUAGAUUCAUUUAUGUAAGUGAUUGAUACAGGUAAUCAUCAUCAUGAACAGUCAAUUAAUAUUAAUAGUGAAUUUUUUACCUUGCCAGUAUGACUCUACUGUUGUUCGGAAUAAUCAAUUGCAAAAAUAAUCGAAUAAUCAACAGCAACGAAUAAUCAAUUUCCUAAUUAGUUGAUUGAUCCUAAAAUCAGGUGGUAUAGCCCGUGGGGUGGGGGGAGGGGUUGAAAACUCACUUCUCUUUGGGACCAAUCUUGCAAUUCUUCCAAAACUAAGGAGACAGUGGGAGGGAUGGGGGUAAUAUUGGGAAAAUUUGCCCACAAAUCAAUAGUCGUAGAAUCUUCAUAAGCAUGAAUAUUAUACUUACUGUAUACUAUGUGAAAACAUAGAAAUAUACAAAAUUUUCCCAGGGGCUAUAUGCCCCUAGACCCCUCUACUAACUAGUAAUUGUUCUGUAUAUUUGGUAAUGAUUAGAUCCCCCACCCCCCACUCGUUUGGGACUGGCUAUGUAAGCUGUGUGACAGUGUGUGACUGUGUAUGAUGAGCUGUUUAUGUUAAAUUAUAGAAUUAACCCUGGCAUCCAUACAAACAUUCUCUUUUAUUUAAAUUUAUAUGUAUGUUGAUUACAGCGAGCAAGACUGGUAGCAACAGCCAAAGGACUUAAAGAUUAUGACAUUGUGAAUAUCAAAUUACGUGAUGAUCUACCUGAGUGGUAUACUGCAAUCAAUCCUGCACGAGCAGUUCCUGCCAUUGAAUUCCCUGAUGGUCGAGCUAUUAACGAAUCCCUGAUUGUUGCAGGUAAUAUGUAGCUAAUAUGCAGUGGCAUUAUAGGUACAACAAGAUGGGGCGGAG